AUGCACUGCAUCUCACUGUCGAGAAAGAAUGUCUUCUUCACCCAGGAUAACUUUGUCAACAUCAUCCCGUUCACCGUCCCAAAGGCACUGGAGGGACUCAGUCACAAUAUUUUUGCCUAUACGCAAAGCGAGGCGAUAGCCAAGGCGAACAUCUACUACUCCAAAACCUUGGGCAAAAUGUUCCAGAAGUACACCUUUGAGCACAAGAAAACCACGGUCGGUCUGUUGGGCGGGAUCUUCCCCUUCUAUUCCUUAUCCCAGCAUGCACUGCUGGUGGUCAGGGGGGAAAAGGCCAAUUUCAUGUACACAGAACACCCCCUCAACAGAAGCCUUGGGCUGACCUUUGACUACAGAGAGAGUCUCAAUGUUGUCCUGGCCUCUGGCCUGAAAGGCAUUUUGGUCCUCUGGUAUAGAAGAACCCUGCUCAUUUCCCGGAACGCAGGCCAGCUGGUCAAGGACAUCACUGUGAACCAGGGCUCGCGAAUCAUACACAAUUCCAUUGACUUGGCCAACAUCACCAUCGCCACCGUUGCCGUAGAACAGAAUGAGGUGGCCAUUUUCACAAAGCACCACGGCGUGUAUUACGGCAGUCUGGGGAGCCUGUCUGACUCCAUCAUCCACAUUACAAACACAGUUACCUGGUCUGAAGACAAGGUCCUGACAUUCACGGACCAGGGACUACUUCAGAUCUUCGUCCUGACCCUGAACAGGGCAUCGUCCGCCGUUGACCUUUUGCAAUGUGAAUUAAACAUCCAGGAGAUAUUCAUGGACCCCAGGCUCGAAGUGGACUCUUGCCAGAUAGAAUACAUCUCCGGGCACUUUGCGGGCAAGAUGUUUACCAUGGACAUGAAAAGCCGCUUGGAGUUGUUCGCGAUUGUGAUACCCCAGUUGCGCAGACCCCCAGUUCCACUAGUCACCGUGAGCAACCCGCACUCCUUGGGCCUGGAGGUGGACAUCAGGGAGAAGAACUACACCAUGGAUGGGAAUUUCGUCUUUCAAGUGGUGAGCUUCGGUGCCCCUCCACGCCCAGCCCAGCCCAGCGCAGGGCCAGGGCCUCCCCUCCCCCUCCCAGCCCAGGUUCAAACGCUGCGGGGUCUGGUGGAGGGCAUUAAACGGCCCACGUUAUCCUCUGUCACUGUGGACAUGGCCAACAAGGAAAUCUCCUGCAUGGACUUCCAGCCAAUGACGGCGCUCAUUUCGAUUGGAUGUGACCUGGGCAAGAAGAUCAUCGUUCAGAACAACUUCUCUGCCUGCUCCAAAGGCGUCCUGGACCCCGUGGUGCUGCAGGACAAUUACACCUACACCAUCGAGAAGGAGGCCUAUGACCCCAAGUACCUGCAUCGAAAGGCCAACAAAGACUUGAUUGCAUAUUACCCCUACAACCUACUCGGCUGCCCCCUCCUCCUCUACUACGACUACCCAUGGAAGCCAGUGGUGGAAUUCUCCAUGACGGCCGAGGACGCCAACUGCAAAUGGCAGCCGCAGAACUGGAGCACCAUUAUAGCCAAGGAGGGCCUGCCUUUCCGCUGGUCCCGAGAGAACUAUGAGAGCUGCCACGAGUCUGAAGAGGGGCCCCCUUUGAAGUGGCCUGAUGUCCCUUAUGAGAUCGUGGGUGGCCCAACCGACAACAAACUCAUUUUUAACCAAAGGAACGGAAUCUAUAUCUUCUGGCUCUCCAUUGUGGACCCCUACUACAGCUACUGUACCCUGCAGACCACCUUCAGCAUCUACGUUUUCGGAGCCUUCCCCAUGGCCAUCUUCCCCAUGGAGCUGCUGAUAGUGCUCAUGAUCGUCUCCGUGCUGCUGUCUCUGUGGCUGGUCUACGCCCUCCCCAAGACCCAGCUCUGGGCCCGCCUCUUCCACAAACACAAACACGUUUCCUAA